CACAUUACCUUCUCUCUCCCUCUCCUCUCCUCUCCUUUCUUUAUUCCCUCUCCUGCCCUUUAUAUAUUCCACUUCUCCCCUCACACCUCUCACACCCACCACCACUCCAUCAUCUCUUCUUCUCUCUCUAAAAACACUCCUCUCUUCGGCUCCUCGCACAGUCCGUACACAUCAUCAUCAUCAUGAAGCAGUUGAUCAGACGGCUCUCCCGCGUCGCCGACUCGUCUCAGUACUGCCUCCUGCGCUCGGCCGACACGGCGUCGUCCCGCCCGCGCCGAAGCGAGUCGUUUCGGGUGAAGCUCCGCCGCCGCAGAUCCUCCGCCGGCGAACCGGUGGUUCCCGAGGGACACGUGCCGGUCUACGUUGGCGACGAGAUGGAGCGGUUCGUUGUUCACGCCGAGCUGCUGAACCACCCGGUCUUCGUCGAGCUCCUGAACAAGUCGGCUCAGGAGUACGGCUACGAGCAGAAGGGCGUGCUCCGGAUCCCUUGUCACGUGAUCGUCUUCGAGCGCGUGCUGGAGACUCUCCGCCUCGGGCAGCCCCCGUCUAGUGACCUGCACGACCUCCUGAGCUCGAUCUCCGACGACCUGAGAUCCUGGUAGAUUCGGUAAUUCAGGGAAAUGUUUUGGCCUUUUUUGUAAAUACGGUGGCGUUUUCGAUCGAAGCGAAGCAAAAGAGUAAAGAGCAGUUGCAAGGUCCUUAAAAAAAAAAGUUUUUUUAGUUUUUUUUUUGGGUGUUGUAAAGGGAAAGAAUACUACUCAGGCUUUAGAGUGUGUCUAGAAAUGCUAGUGCUGGUCUCUCUGUAUAAUUGAAUUACAGUCAUGGCAAAAACGGAAAAUACUUGUACUUUUUUGUCCUAAUUUUUGUGUUGCUUCUUUCUCGACUUAUUUUCUUUCUUCUUCCUGUUUGUUUCCCGGGAAACCUGGGGAGAAACGGUGAAGAAAAUCAUGUAACACUAAAAUUGGGGUUCCGUGAGUGCCAAUUUUCAAGAGGGAUGAUUGUCUCUGUUUAAUUUAUGGAAAAUGGACGAUGAUUUCUGAGAUUCAAGCGUUUUGGGGUUGUGAUUGGUUUGUUUUCCGUUUGAUACAUUUUGCAUUUCCCGGGAAGCCGAACGGGCAGGGCAGUGAGUUUUGGUGUAAUUUCCUGGGCGGCAGUUGGAAGCCCAUGAAGUUGGUACUAAAUUACGGAACUGGGACUGUAACGUCCGCAGCGGAUCUGGAAAAAUCUCUGACACGAUAUGACCGAGUUGGCUUUUGUCUCUCUACUGUAAUUUACGCGAUCUUCGGUGGCUCUUUGGGUAGGGUGAUAACUUUGUCUGUCUAGAUUUCUGGUGAGGGUGUUUUGGUCAAUUUCGCGGGGAUGAUGGUUUCGGUGGCUUAUGAGAUCAUGGUGAUAUGCUGUUUUAACGGUUGUAGCUCAAGCCUGGCUGGCUGUAGAAGCACAAAGCACCUUAAUUACAAGAAAAUGUGUACAUUAAU